AUGGAACACAAAGGCCAGAGCGCACGGGACUCCGGCGCCGAGGCGAGCCGAGGACUGGCCGCGGCGCACGGGCCUCCGCAGUGCGCACACCGCGUCACCAACUUCUACAUCGACAACAUCCUCCGCGCGGACUUCGGACGGAGGAAGGAGGAGAAGAGGAGGCCGGGGUCCGAGCGCGGCGCGGCGGGGCUGGACGCGCGGGGCCCCGGGGAGAAGCGCGAGGUGACGAAGGAGAAAGAGGAGGAGACGCAGAAGGAGAAGGGCAAAGACUCCGGGGACGAGACGGGCAGAGGCGACGCGGACCCGAGCGCAGGACCCGCGGCCAAACCCAUGCUGUGGCCCGCGUGGGUCUACUGCACGCGCUACUCGGACCGGCCCUCGGCAGGCCCCAGGUCCCGGAAACAGAAGAAAACUCCGGAGCCCACUAAAGACGACAAGCGUCCGCGCACGGCCUUCAGCGCGGAGCAGCUGCAGCGGCUCAAGACCGAGUUCCAGACGAACCGGUACCUGACGGAGCAGCGGCGCCAGAGCCUCGCGCAAGAGCUGGGCCUGAACGAGUCCCAGAUCAAGAUCUGGUUCCAGAACAAACGCGCCAAGAUCAAGAAGGCGUCCGGAAACAACAGCAACUCUCUGGCGCUGCACCUGAUGGCGCAGGGUCUGUACAACCACUCCACCCACAAGGACCGCUCCGACAGCGACUGA